AUUCCCUGUCCCGCCCCUAGGCCUUGUACGACUACAUUCCCAGCGAGAAUGACUUACAGCCCCUGCUGGCCUGGCUGAAGGUCAUGGAGAAAGCCCACAUCAACCUGGUUAGGCUGCAUCGGGACCUGGGGCUGGGCCACCUCCCUCGCUUGUUUGGAACUGCGACAACCUGCCUCCUCUCCCCCCACUCGCAGGUGGUGACAGCUGCCACCCAGUGCCUUCAGGAGAUCCUGAAGGAGUGUGUCGCUCCCCACAUGGCUGACAUCGGCUCCGUGACCUCCUCGGCCUCAGGCCCUGCCCAGUAUGUCGCCAAGAUGUUCAGGGCAGUGGAGGAGGGCCUGACGUACAGAUUCCACGCAUCAUGGAGCUCCGUGCUGCAGCUGCUGUGUGUCUUCUUCGAGGCGUGUGGGAGACAGGCCCAUCCUGUGAUGAGGAAGUGCCUCCAGUCCCUGUGUGACCUGCGCCUCUCCCCCUACUCCCCCCACAUGGCAGCUCUGGACCGCGCAGUGGGCGCUGCUGUGGCCAGCAUGGGCCCCGAGGUGGUUUUAGAGGCUGUGCCUUUGGAAAUUGAUGGCUCUGAAGAGACUCUGGAUUUCCCUCGGAGCUGGCUGCUGCCCGUCAUCCGAGACCACGUCCGGGAAACUCGACUUGGUUUCUUUACCGCUUACUUCCUGCCUCUGGCUACCACCCUGAAGAGGAAAGCAAUGGACCUGGCCCAGGCAGGCAGCACAGUGGAGUCCAAGAUCUACGACACGCUCCAGUGGCAGAUCUGGACCCUCCUGCCUGGGUUCUGCACGAGGCCCACGGACGUGGCCACUGCCUUCAAAGGGCUGGCGCGGACGCUGGGCAUGGCCAUCAGCGAGCGCCCAGACCUGAGGGUCACCGUGUGCCAGGCCCUGCGCACCCUCAUCACCAAGGGCUGUGAGGCGGAGGCCGACCGUGCUGAAGUGAGCCGCUUUGCGAAGAACUUUCUGCCGAUCCUGUUCAACCUGUACGGGCAGCCCGUUGCAGCUGGAGACACCCCAGCCCCUCGCCGAGCCGUGCUGGAAACCAUCAAAACUUACCUCACCAUUACUGAGCUUCAGUUGGUGAAUGGUUUCCUGGAAAAAGCCAGUGAGAAGGUGCUGGACCCUGCUAGCUCUGACUUCACCAGAUUGUCCGUCCUGGACCUGGUCGUGGCCUUGGCUCCCCACGCUGAUGAAGCCGCCAUCAGCAAGCUGUACUCCACCAUCCGGCCCUAUCUAGAGAGCAAGGCCCAUGGGGUACAGAAGAAGGCCUAUCGCGUGCUGGAGGAGGUGUGCGCCAGCCCCCAGGGCCCUGGCGCCCGCUUCGUGCAGAGCCACCUGGACGACCUGAAGAAGACCCUUCUGGACUCGCUACGGAGCACCUCCUCGCCCGCCAAGAGGCCCCGUUUGAAGUGCCUCAUACAUAUCGUGAGGAAGCUCUCAGCCGAGCACGAGGAGUUCAUCAGUGCCCUCGUCCCGGAGGUGAUCCUCUGCACCAAGGAGGUGUCGGUGGGAGCUCGGAAGAAUGCUUUUGCGCUGCUGGUGGAGAUGGGCCACGCCUUCCUUCGGUUUGGCCCAAACCCGGCAGAGGCCCUGGAGCGCUACCUCGUCCUGAUCUACCCCGGUCUCGUGGGCGCUGUGACCACGGUCAGCUGCAGUAUCCUGGCCUUGACCCACCUCCUUUUCGAGUUUAAAGGUCUGAUGGGGACCAGCACGAUGGAGCAGCUGCUGGAGAAUGUGUGCCUGCUCCUGGCCUCCCGUACCCGCGACGUGGUCAGAUCAGCACUGGGCUUCAUCAAGGUGGCAGUGGUCGUCAUGGACAUGGCACACCUGGCCAAGCACGUGCAGCUGGUGAUGGGAGCCAUCGGGAAGCUCUCGGACGACAUGCGGCGGCACUUCCGCAUGAAGCUUCGGAACCUGUUCACCAAGUUCAUCCGCAAGUUCGGGUUCGAGCUGGUGAGGAAGCUUCUGCCAGAGGAGUACCAGAAAGUCCUGGUGAACAUCCGGAAAGCAGAGGCCCGGGCCAAGAAACACCGGGCCCUGAACCAGGCCGCAGUGGAAGAGGAGGUGGAGGAGGAGGAGCCCAUCCAGGGCAAAGGCGACAGCAUCGAGGAGAUUUUGGCUGACUCAGAGGAUGAGGAGGACGAGGAGGAGGAGAGGAGUCGGGGCAAAGAGCAGCAGAGGCUGGCCCGCCAGAGGAGCCGGGCGUGGCUGAAGGAGGGUGGCGGGGACGAGCCCCUCAACUUCUUGGACCCCAAGGUGGCCCAGCGAGUCCUGGCCACCCAGCCUGGGCCGGGUCGGGGCAAGAAGAAGGACCAUGGCUUCAAAGUGAGCGCCGACGGCCGGCUGAUCAUCCGUGAGGAGGAGGAUGACAACGCCAAGAUGGAGGAAGAGGAAGGCGCUAAAGGGGAGGAUGAAGAGAUGGCUGACCUGAUGGAAGACGUGGGCGUCAGGAGUAAAAAGCACCAGAAGCUCAAGCAGAAAGAGGCUGACAAUGAGGAGCUGGAGAUGCCCCCUCAGUACCAAGCGGGAGGCUCUGGCAUCCAUCGCCCUGUGGCCAAGAAGACUACCCCCGGGGCCGAAUACAAGGCCAAGAAAGCAAAGGGUGACGUGAAGAAGAAAGGUCGGCUCGACCCGUAUGCCUACAUCCCCCUCAGUAAAACCAAGCUCAACCGCAGGAAGAAGGUGAAGCUGCAGGGACAGUUCAAAGGCCUGGUGAGAGCUGCCCAGCGGGGCUCCCAUGUGGGACCCAAGCUCUGCAGAAAGGAUCAACGGCCCUGAGCCUCGGGACCCCCCGGGCUGCUCUGUGGUCCAGUCUGAGGCCCCUUUUUAGCCCCCAAGCUGCCGUGACGUCAGCUCCAGAUGCAGCAGUCAGUGGGAGAGCCUGGCCUCAGAAUGACUUUUUGGAACCAGGACUGGUUCCUGGAGGUGCCCUGGAUUUUGGAAGCUCCAAAUGGGAGUCACCCUUUAGAGUCCCUGGGGCCUGGAGAUGGGAAUGUGGCCUCAGUGCCUCUGAGCAGGCUAGCGAGGCGGCUGUGCUUUCCAUCCAGAGUGUUUGCAACAGAAGAGAUGGUCUUCCUUUCCUCUGGCUGCCUGUCGCCACGUGGCACUCUGCCUGGCUGCAGUCUGGCUGUGUGAGAUUUGCUGUGAUCAGACGUAGAAUAAAGAUGCAACACCAUGUGUUGUACCUAGAAACUCUGUGUUUUAUCACCUGCCCCACCCAGGUACAAGAACAGUGUCUGGUCAUUGGCAACAGUGGCUUGACCACUUCCUCUCCUGUCCCAGUGUGCUGUCAGGGGCGCAUAGCAUGAUAACCCUGGGUCAGGCUUUGGAUCUUGCCCUUUGUGUCUUUUUAAAAAAAUUUCUUUAUUAGAGUAUAAUUGCUUUACAGUGGUGAAUCAGCUAUACCUAUACAUAUAUCCCCAUAUCCCCUCCCUCUUGCGUCUC